AUGUCAAAGACAGCUCAGAAACGUCUAUUGAAAGAGUUACAACAACUAAUUAGAGACUCUCCACCAGGUAUUGUGGCUGGUCCAAAAUCAGAGGAUAAUAUAUUUGUCUGGGAUUGUUUAAUUCAAGGGCCUCCAGAUACUCCAUACGAAGGAGGUGUCUUCAACGCAGAAUUACAUUUCCCAAAAGAUUAUCCACUAUCUCCACCAAAAUUAAUAUUUACUCCCAGUAUACUCCACCCAAAUAUCUAUCCAAACGGCGAGGUAUGUAUAUCAAUCUUGCAUUCUCCUGGUAACGAUCCACACAUGUAUGAAUUAGCUGAAGAAAGAUGGUCCCCUGUACAGAGUGUCGAAAAGAUUUUAUUGAGCGUGAUGAGUAUGUUGAGUGAACCAAAUAUUGAAAGUGGUGCCAAUAUUGAUGCUUGUAUACUUUGGAGAGACAAUAGACCCGAAUUUGAAAGACAAGUUAAAAUGACAGCUUUGAAAUCCCUGGGAUUUUGA